CAACAUUUGAUGUUCGAUUUUACUAAUGCCUAGUAGUCGACAUGCAUCCACUAGAAACUAAGCGCAUACAGGCCGAUCCUCCACUCAACCCCGCAGAUCUUGACCUCAACUGCAACCAUUGAAAAUGUUUAUACCAACAUUCAACUCUUGACACUCAUAUUCGUUAUUAUGCGUACGAGAUCGACCAUUUCCACCCCGGACGGCAUUACUUGGCACUAUGAGCAAGAAGGCACCGGCCCGGAUAUCAUCCUGAUCCCCGAUGGUCUGGGUGAGUGCCAGAUGUUCGACAAGCCAGCAUCCCUGAUUGCAGCCAAGGGGUUCCGAGUCACCACUUUCGACAUUCCAGGCAUGUCGAGGUCUGCAGAUGCUCCCCCAGAAUCCUACCAGGAGGUCACAGCGCAGAAAUUAGCGAAACAGGUCAUCCUCUUGCUGGACGAGCUGCAUAUUGGAAUGGCUACGUUCUGGGGCUGUAGCUCCGGCGCUUCGGCCGUCUUAGCCAUCAUCGUAGACUACCCGACGCGUGUGCGAAACGCUUGCGUUCAUGAAGCCCCUACAUCCCGUGCUGACAGCCUGAUUGCGCUGGGCAAGGCUGGCGAUGAGACUAUCGUCGACGUCCUGACAGUAUCUAUGCGCGACCGUAUGUCUGGGAACGUUGAAGCAUGGGACGCACUGGGUGCCGAGGCGCAUGCUAGACUUCGCAGGAACUAUGUCCGCUGGGCACGCGGAUACCCCGUCACCCUGCCGACAUCCACGCCGGUUGGGAAUUUAGAAGACCUGAAGAAGCGACCGCUGGCUUGGACCGUGGGUGCAUCGACAUUGACGCACGUUUUCAUAAAUAAUAUUGUGACUGCCACCAAGAUUGGUGCUUCUGUCGGUACCCUUCCCGGCUUGCAUUUUCCGUAUGUCUCGCAUCCCGAGGUUUUUGCGCAGUAUAUGGUUGAUACGACGAGAAAGUAUCUGUGAGGUAUUCACUCUGUAAUCAGAUUUAACAUGUAGGUGGU